CCCAUUUCCUUCUCUUUCUCUCCCUCGGACGGUCUCUCUUCCUCCGUGGAAAAACGAGCAAUCUGACCACGAUACCUCUCUCUCUCUCUCUCUCUCUCUCUCUCGUUCGCCCAAUUCUCAAAUCCGAGUGGUUCCCCUCAACGAGUUCAAUUCAAGGAAACCCUAGCAAUCUCCCAACCAUCGAUCUUCCAUAUCCAAGAAAACCCUAGCAAAAUCAGAGAUCUGAACAAAAUCUAGAGAUCUAGCGGCGAUCGCCUUCAGAGUUUCGAUCCGAUCUGCACUGGAUUUUUCUCUUGGUCUCGGAUCCUGUUCGUAUUUCUCAUGGAAUCAGCUGAUGAUAAGUUGAGGGAUACUUCUGUGGUUGUUGUUGUGUUGGAAACGAGUGAAGUGUACAUCAUAACAAGCUUAUCAACAACUAGUGAUACACAAGUAAUCUAUGUGGAUCCAACAACGGGUUCGCUUUGUUACCGAGGGAAGCUCGGUUACGAUAUUUUCAGAUCCGAGGAUGAAGCUUUGAGAUACAUUACUGAUGGAUCAAGGAUUUUGUGUAAGGGUACUACAUAUGCUAGGGCUUUACUUGGUUACGCGGCCCUCGGAAGCUACGGAUUGUUGUUAGUUGCGACAAGGCUAAAUCCUACUAUUACAAAUUUGCCAGGUGGUGGGUGUGUUUACACAAUCGUAGAAAGUCAGUGGAUCAAAAUUCAGCUCCAAUAUCCCCAGCCUCAAGGUAAAGGCGAAGUGAAGAAUAUACAGGAAUUGGCGGAACUUGAUAUUGAUGGGAAGCACUAUUUUUGUGAGAGUAGAGACAUAACACGUCCUUUUCCCAGCUGUAUGACCUGUGAUAACCCAGAUGACGAGUUUGUCUGGAAUAGUUGGUUUUCAAAACCUUUCAAAGAUAUCGGGCUUCCAAAACAUUGCGUCAUUCUUCUACAGGGAUUUGCUGAGUCCAGAAAUAUUGGCGGCUCAAUGCAAGGAGCAAGAGUCGCUCUCCUAGCACGCCGUAGUAGAUUGCAUCCGGGAACUCGCUAUUUAGCCAGAGGGCUGAACGCAUGUUCUAGCACAGGAAAUGAAGUGGAGUGCGAGCAACUUGUGUGGGUUCCUCGGAGAGAUGGACAAAGUGUCCCAUUUAAUUCAUAUGUGUGGCGACGAGGUACCAUACCAAUAUGGUGGGGGGCAGAGUUGAAGUUCUCUGCUGUGGAAGCUGAAAUUUAUGUUUCAGCUCAGGACCCCUACAAAGGAAGCUUGCAGUAUUAUCAGAGAUUAAGUCGUAGAUAUGGUGCUCGGGAUCCCCGUUUAAGUGCUGGUGGACAAAGGAAGACUCCUUUGGUACCUAUCAUUUGUGUUAACUUACUUAGAAAUGGAGAAGGAAAGUCGGAAACAAUUUUGGUUGAACAUUUUAGGGAAUCUGUAAAAUAUAUCAGAUCAACUGGGAGACUUCCUCAGACAUGGAUUCAGUUGAUCAAUUAUGACUGGCAUGCUACUGUGAAGUCAAGAGGUGAGCAGCAGACUGUGGAGGGGCUAUGGAAGCUUGUAAAACCACCCACAAUAGCCAUUGGCUUCUGUGAAGGAGAUUAUUUUCCUUCACCACUGCGCCUCAAGGAAUGCAAAGGAUCAGUGGUUUGUAGCAGGGAUUUUGAUGGCGGUUUCUGCCUCAGAUCUCUUCAAAAUGGAAUAAUACGUUUCAACUGUGCAGAUUCCUUGGAUAGAACAAAUGCAGCUAGUUAUUUUGGUGCUCUCCAAGUUUUUGUAGAACAGUGUAGUAGGUUAGGCAUAUCUCUUGAUAGAGAUUCAAAUUUUGGCUUUUCAUCAGUAAAUAAAUACACAGGAUUAGGGAAUUAUGGAGGAAAAACUGGUCACUGCCAUCCAGGAUGGGAAGAGCGUUCUGAUGCUGUAACAGGCAAGCCUUUCUAUAUUGAUCAUAACACACGAAAAACCACUUGGGAGCAUCCAUGCCAGGACAAGCCUUGGAAGAGAUUUGAUAUGUCAUUUGAUCAAUUCAAGAGCUCAACAAUGUUAGGUCCGAUAAAUCAACUGGCUGAUCUUUUUCUUUUAGCAGGUGAUAUCCAUGCAACCCUUUAUACUGGUUCAAAAGCCAUGCACAGUCAAAUCCUCAAUAUAUUUAGUGACGAUGGUGGUGGGAAGUUCAGCAAAUUCUCUGCGGCUCAAAAUGUUAAAAUCACUCUGCAGAGGAGAUAUCAGAAUGUUCUUGUUGAUAGUUCUCGUCAAAAGCAGUUGGAAAUGUUUCUUGGAAUAAGGCUCUUCAAGCAUCUUCCUUCCGUGCCAGUUCAACCCUUAAAAGUGUUAUCACGACCAUCAGGGUGCUUCCUGAAACCUAUCCCGAGUAUGGUAUCUGUUGCAGAUGAUGGUUCUAGCCUGCUCAGUUUCAAGAAAAAGGAACUAGUCUGGGUAUGCCCACCAGCUGCAGAUGUUGUUGAACUCUUUAUCUAUCUCGGAGAACCUUGCCAUGUUUCCGGGCUUCUUUUCACAGUGUCACAUGGUGUUGAAGAUUCAUCAUAUCCGGCAACUGUGGAUGUCAGAACUGGAUGCAAUUUAGAUGCACUCAAGCUUGUUCUUGAGGGUGCUUGUAUACCUCAGUGUGCAAGUGGAACAAACCUCAUGAUUCCUUUGACAGGUAGAAUUGAUCCAGAAGAUAUAGCUGUCACGGGUAACAGUGCACGCUUACACACUCAAGAAAGCUCUUAUCUCCCUUUGCUAUACAACUUUGAGGAGUUGGAGGGAGAGUUGAACUUUCUUACUCGUGUUGUGGCACUUACGUUUUAUCCUUCUGUUCCUGGAAGAACUCCUUUAACGCUUGGUGAGAUUGAAGUACUUGGUGUAUCUCUUCCUUGGAUGGGCAUCUUUACUAAGAAUUCUAUUGGUGAACAUUUUAUCGAAGAUUUGCGAGAAACACUUGAAAAAAACAACUCUGUUCUUCAUGGUUCAGAGAAGAACAAGCGUGAAAAUUCUUUUCUACGACACUCAUGUCCGAGUUUUGGUAGUGAAAAAAUUUCAUCUAAGGGAAGUUUUGUUGAAUCAGUUCAACCAAGUGCAGUAAGCCAUGGGAUAGACCUUCUAACUGGAGAUCUUUUAUUCUCACAUUCCACAUCUAGAUCAGAUAGUUCAGAAGGUGCUGUACAAAGCAGUGAGAGCAUUAUUGAUUUCUUUGACAGACCUGGUGCUGAUAGUCAGUUUCAACGUGAUUCUGACUUGCCUGCUCAGUCACAUGAUAACAAUGGCAGCAACCAUAGCAUGGUCCAACAUUAUCUACAUAUUUUCAAAUCCUUAUCCUCUUCUAAUAAGGGGGCUGAAUUUGACUUUCUUCAAGCAAUGAAGCUUGAAAUUGAACGCCUUCGCCUGAAUCUUUCUGCUGCUGAAAGGGAUAAAGCUUUGUUAUCAAUUAGUGUUGAUCCUGCAAAUGUCGAUCCACAUCGCUUGCUUGAUGAAAUGGAUAUGGUAAAAUUAUGCAGCUAUGCUGACAGCCUUGCAUUGUUAGGACAGGCAGCGUUUGAAGAUGUGAUUAAUGCUUCCACCGGCCUUGACGCAGGGGAAAACAGUGUCAUAGAUUUCUGGAAUAUUAAUGAACUUGGAGAAACUUGUCUUGGCAAAAUGUGUGAAGUUCGUAGUGAACAGCUGGGAACAAGCUCUUUCAAUAUUUCUUCAAGUGACAAUUCAUCUAUGUUUCUAGAAUGCUCUCAAUGUGGAAGAAGGGCAUGCAGGAUUUGCUGCGCUGGGAAGGGAGCUCUCCUGUUACUAAACGGUAACAAUAAAGAGAUGAAAAUCUACAAUGGUAUUUCAAGUCAAGGUGGAUCUAAUCAUGAAAGGAGUUACAGUAGCUAUUCAAAUACUGAGAAUGAGGUUGUAUGUAAAUCAUGCUGCAAUACUGUCGUUCUUUAUGCACUGUAUGUGGAUUACAUCAGGGUUUUGAGUAGCCUGCGAAGACGAGCUCGUGGAGAUAGUGCAGCACAAAAAGCUGUGAGCCAAGUUGUAGGCCAUGAUUUACUGAGAUCAUCCGAUUCUUGGCAACAUCAAGAAAUCACCAACAGGCAAUUGAACAUGCUACUGGAUGGAGAAGAAUCUCUUGCUGAGCUCCCCCAUGCUAGCCUACUACAUUCAGUUGAAACAGCACCCCAGUCCGAGCCCGUAUUAUCACUACUUGCACCACUUGGUGUUGGAAAGCGAAAGUCUUACUGGAGAGCUCCUAGUAGUUCCCCAACUGUGGAGUUUUCUAUUGUUCUUGAAAGCUUGUCUGACGUUUCUGGUGUUGCCUUGAUUGUCAGCUCAUGCGGUUAUUCACAAUCAGAUUGCCCUACAGUGCAAGUUUGGGCGAGCAAUAACAUACAUAGAGAUGAGGGGUCAUGCAUGGGAAAAUGGGAUGUUCAGUCCCUAGCAUCAUCUUCCCCAGAACUGUAUGGGCCAGAAAAUUCUUAUAGUGAUAGUGAUAUACCUAGGCACGUAAAGUUUCUCUUUCGCAAUCCUGUUCGUUGUCGAAUCAUCUGGAUAACCUUAACUCUACCGCAACAUGGUUCUGCUUCAUUUAACAUAGUGGAAGAGUGUGACCUUCUUUCUUUAGAUGAAAAUCCCUUUGCAAAAUCUAACCGUGCUUAUUCUGGUGGAACUGUUAAAAGCGAGGCAUAUAUCCAUGCAAAAAGAAUCUUGGUAUUUGGGAGCUCAGCGAAGAAAGAGAUAGGAAAUAGUGUACAAAACCCUGAACUGAUGAAGAUGAGAAGUUUAUUAGACAGAUCAUCACAGUUGGGUCGUUUCAGAAUUCCUGUUGAAGCUGAAAGAUUGGCUGACAAUGACUUUGUUUCGGAACAAUACAUAGCACCUACGGCUCCUGCUAUAGCAGGAUUUCGGUUAGAUGCUUUUGGUGCUAUAAAACCACGAAUAACACAUUCCCCUUCGCCGUUGGAUGUGGAUAUCUGGCAGUCUUCAUUAACAUGUCUUGAAGACAGGCACAUAUCGCCAGCUGUUUUGUAUAUUCAAGUUUCUGCUGUUCAGGAACCAAGAAACUGUGUCAUUGUUGGUGAGUAUCGUUUGCCAGAAGUGAGAGCAGGAACAGCUCUUUAUUUUGACUUCCCUAGUCCAAUACAGGCCAGACAGCUUAUUUUCAGAUUGCUUGGAGAUGUCGCGGCCUUUGCGGAUGAUAUUUCAGAGCAAGACGACACGAAUUUUAAAGCAAAUCCCCUGGCUUCAGGAUUGUCAUUGUCAAACAAAACUAAGUUGUACUAUUAUGCUGAUCCAUAUGAACUUGGGAAGUUGGCAAGUCUGUCUGCAGUGUAAUCUACACCACAGGAAUGUAGUCGUGAAGGAUGGAUGUCUUUUUUUCUUUUCAUCUUUUUCGUGUUGUAAUUUAAUUUCAUUCAAUUCUUAUUCUUGUGUAUCAUAUAGUUUGUAAUUAGCUACAGGACAUUCUUCUUUAAGACAUGAAAUUUGUGAUAUAUGUACUACUUCUUUGUGAGUGAAAAUGCUAUCACGAUGCAUUAUUGUGUUC